UCGUACGUGUUCCAUUCGCGCGUAAUAGUUAGCCAUAUCAGCACGAAGUGCACUUGCACAGAGCCAUCAACCCAGUUUCGGAAAGCUCUCCAGAGCCGACGCGCCAGGACUGACUUACGUGUUGAGCAGACACACAAUACACAUAGAUCAUUAGGCCCAUAGGCAUCGGGCAUAGCGCGCAAGCCUUUCGCGUCCAUCACGCAGACGUCCUAGCGGGAAACACAGUACCAAAAUGUUUCGGGCGCGUGCGUCAGGCUUCUUCGUUGGCUUUGGCGUGGCUGGGGUACUUGCGGCGUACCAGUUGCGGCAGGACAUCCUGAAGUCGCACGAGGUGCUUGUCAUCCAGGCUGACGAGUACAAGGGCAAGCUGGAGAAGCGUGUGGCCGUCCUGGAAUCGUCCGUGUCGGGCCUUAGGGCGGAGGUGGCGGAAGCCAAGAAGGCGGCGGCGGCCGCCACGGCGGCGGCGACAGCGGCCGUGACGGCGACGGCGGCGUCACCGGCGGCGCCCGCCGACUCCGCAAAGCCCGCGGAGUAAGGAUGCUAGCGAUGUUCAUUGGGAGGCGCUACUUUAGUGGGAGGCGCUACUUUAGCUUAAUGCUGGUGCUGGAGUGCCGGGCUAUGGCUCGGCGAUUGGAAUUGGCAGGACGACGUGGCGGACUAGGAGGAGAGGCGUGGUCGCUGGGAUGUGUUGAGGAACGAAACCGGAGCGUCGCUGGUGUGUUUGGGCGGGGAGGGGAGAAAUAGGUAGCGCGCGGCAGCUGUCAGGUGGGCAGGGGUUUGCGUGUGAUAUGGGAGCCGUGGGCUUGAGCUGAGCUGCAUUAGAGUUUUGGAGCUGGUGACGAGGCAGCGUGGGCUUUCGGCUGGAUGGCUUAAGCGGGUGUCGGAGAGCACGCGGACAGACAGCUUAUGCGAAUAGGCUUGAUGCUUGCCCGCUGGGCGUUGUAGUUAUGUACAGGGGCUUGACAAAUGGAAGUCGGGUGCAUGCGGGGAGGGAGCCAUUGCUGCCUCAGGCCGCCUGUCGGUGUGCGAGAGGUGCCUGGGGUCCUGCGGAUCUGUUGGAAAGCUGUGCCACAAUGCUGCCACACUGCUACAGAAGCACAGGGCCGCGAUGCACCGAGGUGGGCACGCAUUCGUGUGUAAUGGCCGGGAGAG